UGGCCAUUGUCCUUAAAUGCACCAUGAACAACUUGCUUGCCUUACCUGUACAAUCAAGAGCUAUCAAUAUUCAUUUUGGUGGUGCACCUGAGCUAUAAACGACAAAGAAGAAGGUGCUCUGUGUGAUAGUCUAUUGUUCGACGAGCAUCAAAUGGAUGUCUACGUUUCUUCAUCGAAUUAUAGUCAUCAACUUUUAGCACAUGAAAUAAAAAUCGUUUAAAUUUGUCAUUAUAGUUCUCAAAAAGUAACAGCAAACGACUUUUUGCCGAAUUGUUAAAAGAGUUCACACUGCAAGUUUUUUAUUAACACAACCAUAUUUUAAUCGUCUGUUCUUUUGCAAGUACUUCUCAGGAAUACAAUGGAAUAAGCUGACACACCCUAAUCCUAACUUCUUUACUUCAUGUUUAACAUUUAUAAGAACACGUCGAUUAUAACUGAGUUAGUGAUCACAUCGUCUGGUUUGAACAAGCGAAUGGUUUAGGAAAGUAGGACAUUGAAUCGAAGUGAACACCUUGGUCGAUAGCAAUUUACUUCAGACCUUUAUUCGCUGAAGCUGGAAACCAGAUGGAGCGAAGAAAAAGUGAAAUUCUCGGUAUCGUGUUGUUGGUGCUGCUGAUGUUUGCUUCGGAAAAUAGCUCGGCAAGUACUAAUAGUACUAAUAGCACAACGACAAGCCUCAGCCCAGGUGAUCCGAAUGUUUGCAACGUUACAACCAGGCGCCCAGCAUAUUACGCUGAGACAUACACAGUGCAGCGAGUCGAGAGAUAUGUCUCAAUGUGUAGCUGGUGGCAGUGCAUCCGUGAGAGACUAGUAACUGCAUUGGAAUCUCGACAGGUAACUCGGAUGGUAAAUACCACCAUCUUGGAUUGCUGUGAAGGAUGGCUAUACAGAAAUGGAUCGUGUAACACAUCCUUGUGUGAUCCCGUAUGCAUCGAGGGCCAUGGUGUUUGUACGGCGCCCGGCAACUGUUCCUGUGGUCCUGGUUUCGUCGGGUCGCGAUGCGAGCAGACGUGUCCUCCGGGUACUUUCGGCCAGAACUGCAGCGAGAGCUGCUCUUGUGCUGGUGAUGGUCCUUGCCAUCAUGUUACAGGGGAAUGUACGUGUUCACCGGGGCAGAUGGGAGUGGACUGCAAUGAAACAUGCCCAGAAGAGACGUACGGUGCCAACUGUUCAUUCUCCUGUCUGUGUCGUAAUGAUACCACUCAAACGUGUAAUCCUGCUAAUGGGCUUUGCCAUUGUAAGCCUGGGUGGACAGGUUCCAUCUGCAAUGAGACCUGUCCAUCAGGAACAUAUGGACCAGAUUGUAGUCUUCAAUGCUCUUGUUCUCAUGGAGGUACAUGCCAGGCAUUGAAUGGAUCCUGCAUCUGUGGAACUGGAUGGACUGGCCUCCGAUGUGACACGCCGUGCCCCGCUGGGUCUUACGGACCAGGAUGCCAACAUCAAUGUGGUUGUGCCAGUGGAGGAUCAUGCGAUCAGUUUACAGGAUUAUGUACAUGCGGUGUUGGACUUCAGGGACCUCAUUGCAACGAGACGUGUGAUCCUAGGUUCUAUGGACUGAACUGCAUCAAUCGAUGUACCUGUGAAAAUGAUGGCAUUUGUGAACCUGUGAAUGGUACCUGUAAGUGUGCAACAGGAUGGCAAGGGGAGUCAUGUGACCAGCCAUGUCCGAGAGGGAACUACGGAAUCAACUGUCAAUCAUCGUGCCUCUGUCGUAAUGGCGGAUCGUGCCAUCACAUAACAGGAUUGUGCACUUGCUCUGCCGGAUUCACGGGGACCACGUGUGAGAGCCGAUGUACGGAAGGGACCUAUGGAGUGGGAUGUUCAGAGAGAUGUGAAUGCCAGAAUGGUGGUAACUGCAGCCAUGUGGAUGGUAGCUGUUCAUGCUUGGAGGGCUAUAAAGGCAUCUUCUGUUCCAUUAUAUGCCAAGAAGGGUAUUACGGAACCAACUGCUCAUCCCGCUGCACCUGUCAACAUGGCGACUGUAAUCAUGUGACUGGCCUAUGUGAUGUGUGCAGACCAGGGUGGGAGGGAAACCUCUGUGACAGAAGAUGCACCGAGGGUUACUACGGUAACAACUGCAACCAGACAUGUCUAUGCCAGAACGACGGGCGAUGUAACCACAUCAAUGGAACAUGCACCUGUGCGAGUGGGUGGAGGGGUGAGGUGUGCGCCGAGUCGUGUCCAUCUGGUACCUAUGGGAGGGAGUGCCUGCUGGAGUGUGCCUGCUCUAAUGGAGGUAGCUGUAGGGCUGAUAACGGGGGGUGUGUGUGCACCCCAGGAUACCAUGGAACCUUCUGUGACAAUCCAUGUUCAGAAAAUUAUUAUGGCCAAGAUUGUCUCGAGGAAUGUCUCUGCCAGAACGAUGCUGCCUGUGAUCAUGUGACUGGAAACUGUACCUGCCUCCGUGGAUGGGACGGUCCGCUCUGUGCAGUACGAUGUCCAUCUGGUUACUAUGGUGAUGGAUGCGGUCAGGAGUGCAGAUGUGGAAACCACUCCUCUGUCUGUGAUUCUGAGACUGGUGCCUGUACAUGUACAAGUGGUUGGCUGGGUGAAUUUUGUGACGUUCCUUGCCCAAAUGGUUACUAUGGUGACAAUUGUCUGUUGAGAUGUGAAUGCCAGAAUGAUGGAAGAUGCGAUCCAGCCACUGGAGAUUGCAGCUGUGCAGAUGGCUUCAUUGGACUCUCCUGUGAUUCAGACUGUCAUGUCUUUGAAGUCAGCAUGUAUGGCCCAGACUGCUCUCUACAGUGCCAGUGCCAGAACGAAGCAUACUGUGACCACAGAGAUGGGAGCUGCACAUGCACGCCUGGAUGGAUCGGACAACACUGCCAAGACCCCUGUCCUGACGGAUUCUAUGGCCAGGGGUGUAACGCUACCUGUGGAUGCAAGAAUGGGGGCAUCUGUGACCCCGCGAUGGGGGAUUGUGAUUGCCCAGAUGGAUUCAUGGGGGACAGAUGCCAAGAUCCAUGUCCAGAAAAUUAUUAUGGACGUCGAUGCAGUCAACCAUGUGACUGUCGUAACGGAGGCAUAUGCAAUGGUGUAACAGGCGACUGCACUUGUGCUUCGGGGUACACUGGGAAGUCAUGCAGCCAGGUUUGCCCAAAUGGAACCUAUGGUCCAUCUUGCUCAGAGAACUGCUUAUGUGCAGACAAUGCUAUAUGUUGGCACACUGAUGGCACCUGCAUAUGUGGGGCUGGUUUCAGAGGUCCCCUGUGUGAACAACCCUGCCAUGAAGGAACAUUUGGAGCUAACUGCUCACUCUCAUGCCGUUGUGUAAACGGGGUGUGUGAUGGCAUCACUGGCAGAUGCUCAUGCUUGGCUGGAUGGAAAGGAGAUACUUGCGAAUGGCCUUGUGAUUUUGGAUACCAUGGUUUAGGCUGUUCUGAACUGUGCCGUUGUGAAAAUGGAGCCACAUGCAACAAUACGAAUGGUAAUUGUACAUGUGCUGAUGGCUGGCAGGGAGAUGUCUGCGAUGGACCAUGUGACUUGGGUUUCUAUGGCAACGAAUGUCAGGAGACUUGCUCAUGUGAAAAUGGAGCUAACUGUGAUCAUGUGACAGGAUUUUGCCAUUGUUUGCCUGGCUUUAUUGGAGUCCACUGUGAGGUCAUAUGUCCAACUGGAUAUUUUGGAUCUGGAUGUAGCAGCCCUUGUACAUGUCAGAAUGAAGGGGUCUGUGAACACACAAAUGGGACCUGUUACUGCCCUGCUGGAUUCUAUGGUCCUACGUGUGAGCUGCAGUGUCCACAAGGUUUACAUGGUGCUGGCUGCCAGGUAGAUUGCCUGUGUCGGAACAACGCCACGUGCGAUCAUGUGACGGGAGCCUGCCAAUGCCAGCCAGGAUGGAUCGGUGCGCUCUGCGAGACACCAUGUCAGGAUGGUCAGUAUGGUGACCAAUGUAAAGAGGAGUGUCCAUGUUUUCAUGACAGCUCCUGUGAUCAUAUGACAGGGGCCUGCUUCUGCGCAAAGGGAUACAUUGGUGACAUGUGUCAGCAUCUAUGUCCAAGACCAGACUUGUAUUUUGGCCUGGAAUGUGAGGAGCCUUGCAACUGUCCCCUGGGCGGUCUCUGUCAUCACGUGACUGGCGUGUGUCUCUGUGAAACACUAGGUGAUGGAUCAGGAGCUGCUUGCAGUGAACCCUGUGAUGAGGGUUACUAUGGCAAUACAUGCAGGAUGCAGUGUCACUGUGAGAAUGGGGCCACUUGUGAUAGGGUGACGGGAGAGUGCAGCUGCACACCAGGCUGGAUGGGAGAAAACUGCACAGAACCUUGCCGUCCUGGAUACUUUGGUCCAGACUGCUCCUCACUCUGCAGGUGCAAGAAUGGUGGCACCUGUGACAGAUCAGGCCGAUGCACCUGUGCCCCUGGAUGGAAGGGACCCAGCUGCGCAGGUGAAUGCAACCCAGGGACCUAUGGAGAGAACUGCAACUCAACCUGUACCUGUCAACACGGUGGACUGUGUGACCAUGUGACUGGGGGGUGUAGGUGCCAGCCAGGUUACCAGGGCGUCAACUGUGAAAGACUCUGUGAUGAAGGUUUCUAUGGAGUGCUAUGUCAGGAAAGGUGCCUUUGUGUCAAUGAUGGUAUCUGUGAUCCCAUUAAUGGAUCAUGUUCUUGUCAACCAGGCUACCAGGGAAGGCUCUGUCAGUACCAGUGCCCAGUUGGAACAUAUGGCCGUGACUGUAGCAAUAUCUGCCAAUGCCAGAAUGGCGCGACCUGUGACUUUCGUACCGGGGCGUGUACCUGUGGUCCAGGCUGGCAGGGUGAGCAUUGCGAGUACGAAUGCUCACAAGGUCACUAUGGUUACGGAUGCAGAGAGAGGUGUGCAUGUACCAAUGGAGCAUCCUGUCACCAUGUUACUGGAGAAUGCUCAUGCACUGCUGGCUGGAUGGGAGAUUACUGCAAUGUCCAAUGUCGAGAAGGAUUGUACGGACUUGGCUGUAACAACACAUGCCAAUGCCAAAACGAUGGUGAAUGCAACAGGUUCACUGGGUAUUGCAGCUGCGAAGAUGGUUGGCGCGAAACCUUCUGCGCCCUACCUUGCCACCAGGGAUGGUUCGGUAGAGGGUGCCAACAGCGUUGUGAGUGCCUGAAUGGAGGCGAAUGUGACCAUGUAACAGGUGUCUGUAGCUGUGCACCUGGCUGGCAGGGGGACAACUGCGCCAGCUCCUGCAACAAGUGGCAGUACGGCAAGGACUGCAACCGGACCUGUCAUUGUGACGGUGCUUCGGCUUCAUCCUGUAAUCCGGUCUCAGGGUCCUGUGAAUGUAUGCCGGGAUGGAGUGGAAGGACCUGCAGUGAACCGUGUCCUCCCAGACUUUUUGGAACAGACUGCGAGAUGAACUGUGGAUGUGAAAAUGGGGCCACUUGUGAUCAUGUCGACGGGUCAUGCACUUGUAAGCCUGGCUUUAGGGGUGUGUUCUGUCAAGACAUGUGCCCAAACAACAUCUAUGGUAGUGGCUGUAUCAACACAUGUAGCUGUGUGAAUGCUUAUUCCUGCUCUCCUUCCACGGGCGAGUGUCUCUGUCUGCCUGGGUGGACUGGUGAGAGAUGUGAUCAGCCAUGUCCUCAGGGUUCUUACGGUGAUAGUUGUAACUACACCUGUGAUUGCCUGGUUGGCGACGAGUGUGACCCUGUCAGAGGGAGAUGCAAUUGUUCAUCAGAUUCUGAACCACUUUGCCAAAAUGGAGGCACCUGCAAUGGCCGUUCCUGUUCUUGCCCUCCUGGAUGGAUGGGAGACCAUUGCGAGACACAGUGUCCCACUGGCCGAUUCGGAGAGGACUGCACUCAGAUGUGCACCUGUUGGAACAAUGCUACCUGCGACAGGUCCAACGGGGAGUGUUCCUGCCAACCAGGCUGGCGGGGUCCCAUCUGCACAUCACCCUGCCCUGAUGGCUUCUACGGCCAGUGGUGUCGACUUCCGUGCACCUGCGUCAAUGGUGGUUCCUGCAAUCAUGUGACAGGUGAGUGUUUAUGUGUGCCUGGAUACACAGGAGAGCACUGUGAAGAAGCAUGUCCAGCUGGGACCUACGGUCUCCAAUGCCAGUCAACAUGCUCAUGCCUCAAUGGUGGCAUAUGCCAUGGAACGACUGGUGACUGCAUCUGCCAAGCGGGCUGGGAGGGGGCGACCUGCUCGACCCCUUGCUCCAAGGGAUACUACGGCAAUCUUUGCAUUGAAGAGUGUCAGUGUCAGAACGGCGCCCUCUGCAGUCCCAUCGAGGGCUCCUGCACCUGUGAGGCUGGCUGGCUAGGAGCCUACUGUCACAUCCCAUGUGAUGAGGGUUCCUAUGGGCAGGGCUGUCACAAGACCUGUUCACAUUGCCCACAGUAUCGCUGUGCAAACACGGAUGGAAGGUGCCUUGUGCUCGAGUGUGAUCCUGGACAGUGGGGAGAGGAGUGUGAACACAUCUGUCUGUGUAGGAAUGACGGAGCUUGUGAUAGGCUGAAUGGAACUUGCUACUGCCCUCUAGGUUUUGAUGGAGAAUUUUGUGAAUACGAAUUUCUCCCCAUUGAUGAUGAUGACAAUGAUUCUGGGAAAAUUAUCACUGUGAACACUGGAAAGCGAACGGGUUCUGUUCCCAAAGUGACCGUGUCAGUUGCCUGUACCGUCAUCAUUAUUGCGAUCAUCAUAGCUAUCGUAGCUGUCGUAAUGUGGCGCAAAAGAAGAAAGAGAGGAGCCUAUAAACCUCAUGAAGAACCUCAAGAUCCAACCUAUGUGAUGGGAACAGAUAUCAAUGACAGCCCUGGUAAUGAGCAAGUUCAAAUGUCACGGAUGUCUGUCACUAGUACAGGAUCUUUCAAUAUGAGCGAUGAGAGAGAGUUGAUUGGCGACACGUCACCGGAACAGAAGGAAGUCUUCAGGAGAACUAAAGAAGAUGCAGGAGAUGUGCCUAAUUUAAGUUUCAAGAAUCCACUCUAUGGGGACAACAUGAUAUAAGCCAGUCAGUAGCUCCAGAAUAUAUUUUCUGUUAAAAGCCAAAAGUGCUCUGAACAGAUGAUAUCGCAACUAGAUUACUACCAGACGGAAAUGGACAAAUGAUGGACUUGUGUGUUUAAUUCCGGGGCAAAGUUGAAUCUCAAACAUUUGAUGUGAUUGCAUUUAAUUGACUUUCAAUCGCAAAUGAUAAGUGCAUAUAAACGCUUUAAGUAAUAUUUCAUGGUGAAAAAGGGGAAAUGCAUCUUAACAUUAUAAGUAUAUGUUAAUAUUUCUUCCAAGUUUUCUCUUCAGUUACAGUCUAUUUAAGAAUCAGCUGUUUGAAAACUUCAAAAGCUGCAACAUUGUUUGAAUAAUAUAGUGUUUUAGCAGUCUGAGGCAAGAAGAUAUAGGGAGAAAUUGGCAUGGUAAUCAGGAGAUAUUUUGUUUUCCUGAAGGGUAGGUUACUAUCUUCACUUCUAUGUAGGAUAGAUAGCUUGCAAUGACAAAUUAUGGGUCAAAUGUCAGAUCAACUGUGCCAUCGGAAGUAGGGACAACUUGAGCUACUGAUGAAACUGGGACAUCUUGAUACUACAUUGUAAGUUGCACUUUAUACAUGAAGGGCGGUUGGACAUUUUUUCUUUAUUGUGCCUACACUAUCAUUGCAAUAGCUAAUCUCCAGACAAUUUAAGAAAUGAUUUCAUCAAAAAUACAUGUAUCUAGAAAUGCUUUUCAAAAAUUCAGUAUCUAGCUGACAUCUAUACCUGUAUUUAUAUCAGUACUACUGUAUAUGCUUGCCACAUAAACGUUAACAUCAUCUGUGUAUAAAUAAUGAAAAUUGCUAAUAUGGAUAUGAAAUUAUAAAUGUAAAAUU